UGCGGGCGGUGUUUGGCCUGUGGGGCGAGGUGCUGGGCGGGUUGUGCCUGGCCCUGCCGGAGGGCGAGGGCCGGGGGACUGGGGCGGCGGCCGAGCGCGGCCGGGGCUGGGCACCCCGCCCCGCUGCCGCCGGGGGUGGCUACCUGUGGCCCGGCGCCUCUCAGCCCCUCUCCCGCGCAGUCGGCUGUAGGCGCUGAGGGAGGCUGAGCCGAGCCCGCUCCGCCGGACGUGGCCCGGCGGCCGAGCAGGAGGCGGUGAGGGGACGGGACGGGGACAUGGCGGAGACCGGCUCCGUGCACGCCACCAGGUUCGAGGCGGCCGUGAAGGUGAUCCAGAGCCUGCCCAAGAAUGGUUCAUUCCAGCCAACGAAUGAAAUGAUGCUCAAGUUCUAUAGCUUUUAUAAGCAAGCAACCCAAGGACCCUGUAACAUUCCACGACCUGGCUUUUGGGAUCCAAUUGGUAGAUAUAAAUGGGAUGCUUGGAGUGCCUUGGGAGACAUGUCCAAAGAAGAAGCCAUGAUAGCCUAUGUUGAAGAAAUGAAAAAGAUUCUUGAGAGUAUGCCAAUGACGGACAAAGUUGAAGAAUUACUACAAGUUAUAGGCCCGUUCUAUGAAAUAGUAGAAGAUAAAAAGAACAGAGGAUCUGACCUAACCUCAGACCUUAGUAAUGUCAUGAAUUCCACUCCAAAUAUAAAGGCUGUGAAUGGAAAAGCUGAAAGUAGUGACAGUGGAGCAGAAUCGGAAGAAGAAGGGCUUCGUGAAGAGGAGGAAAAAGAACUGCAGCUAAAUGGAAAGGACUAUAAGAAUGUGAAACCAGAAUCAGCAGCUGCUAAGGAUUUGGAAAGUAUUGUUACUAAUGGCAGUUACACGGAGAGCUUUAUCCCAGAUAUGCAGAAUGGCAUCCAGACCAAAUCUGCCCUGAAUGGCUUGAACCCAGAGGAAGAAAUAAAGAAAACAGAGCCAAGCAUAGAAAUAGCUAAUAAUGAUGCUCACCAAGGUGUAAAUGAAGAGAAUACUGAAGAGUUCUCAGCAACUCAGCACUUAACCAGUGAUUCAGACAGUGAAGUUUAUUGUGACUCUAUGGAGCAACUUGGACUAGAAGAGCCCUUGGAGAUCAUCACAUCAGCUAAAGGAUCUUUAAAGCAUUCAUCCCAUUUCUUGGAUGUAGAUCACAGUCUUCUGUUAGAAAAUACGGAUUUUCCAAGGAACACUUGCAUGACUUAUAGGAAUGUCCAGCCUGGAAAUACUGUAGAGGGAGCAGCUCUAGAACAAGGCGAAGUCAAGUGUGGAGGAGAGGAUGGCAAGGCCAGUAAUGGGGGCCCUCACAAAGAGAAGAAAGGUGGAGAAAAGGCGGAUUUCUACAAUGUCAGAAGAGGGAGAGGGCAUAGACUUCAGCCUCUAGGAGACGGUUCCCAAGGUGGACAGAUGGGUAGUGGAGGGGACGGAGAGCGCUGGGGAUCAGACAGAGGACCCAGGGGUAGCCUCAACGAACAGAUUGCAGUAGUGCUGAUGCGGUUGCAAGAAGACAUGCAGAAUGUCCUUCAGAGGUUGCAUAUGCUGGAGGCAGUUACAGCAUCACAGGCAAAAUCUGCAACACUACAGUCAAAUUAUCAACCUGCCUCCUCUGACAAGAAACCAUCAUGGUGGCCCUUUGAAAUUUCUCCUGGUGUUUUAGCUUUUGCUAUUGUUUGGCCAUUUAUUGCCCAGUGGUUGGUACACGUGUAUCUUCAAAGAAAGCGAAGAAAACUGAAUUGAGAAUUCAUGACUUUCCUUAAGGACUGCUAGAAGAUGGCCCUGGAAAGCGAAGGAAUUCUGAAUUCUCAUAGAAUCUCAGGAUCUGGGAUGAUGUUCCUUCUGUUAUCGUAAUAUUUUGUACUACCUUUGAGCUCAACAUUUAAGGACUAACAUUAUUGAAACUUGAAUGAUUCACAGCUCCUAGGUUACAAAUAAAAUAAAUUUAACAAUUCCAUCCCCAAACCCAUAUGAACAUUAAUUAUUUUGGAAUGUGCUAGUGGAUGGACCUUCAGUAAUUACUGGUCUUGCUGAUGUCAGAUGAUGAAGAGAAUAUCAUCUUAGCAAAAGAGUAAGUGAAAAUAUGUAAAACUGUCACUUUAACGGAGAAAUAAUUUUACAGUCACAACAUCCCUGCCUGUUUUUCCACAGGGUUACACAUUAUCAGAUGAAAGCACUAAUAAAUUAUGAAUUCAAUACAUUGUAAGCUGUUGGGAAAAUACAAUAUAGCUCUGAGGAAUUCAACUGGUUCUUUUUGCUGCUAAACUGGUGUGGGGCAAAUUUCCAUGUAAAUUGGUCAGAAAUGAAGUUGAAUCCUUCACUUAUCCUUUAAGAUUGUAAAGGAGAUUUGGGAAUUGAUAGAUGUCUUCAAGUUAGAGCCGUUAAUAACAGAGGGGCUGUCAAAUAUAAGUUUGGAAACAGUGUGUGGUACAAGGGAUCCAUCUAAAGAGGCUGCACCUUAUAUUUUUAACUUGGAUAAUUGUAUUCUUGUUGACAACAGCUUGUUUAACUGAAAUACAUAGUUUAGGCACAAGGUGCUUUAAAAUGAGAUGAAAGCUAGCGCUGUAAGUGUAGCUCUAAGAUUUUAAAAAGCUUGGUGCACUGCAAGAUUUUGUUGUCAGUUUAUGUCAAAUUAAAAUAAGAUUUAAUCUAGCCCUAAUCUAUUGUGGACUUUGCCCAACUCACAUUAGGAAAAAUAUCAGUUCUAGUAUUUCUUUCUCUCUUUUCCUUCUACUUCCUUUCAAAACAAAACUUUUCAGCUAAUUUUGGUGCUGAUUUUUUUUUGCCAUGGACUAUUUAUUAACCAAUAUACAGACAGAGUUACAACCUCGUGAAGUUUGCUUGAUUAAAGCACGCUUUACACUUAAUUUUAAAAUAAAUUAAUAUAUAAGUUGUCUAAAUCUCUGGAAAGGAGAAAUGCACUAAAAUGAGAUUUGACAGGAAAUUAAGACAUUCAUUUCCUAUAACAAAUUACAUCAUAACAUAAUCCAUGGUUAAGGUCUGACUCUUCACAAAUUUCGCAAUAUUAUAGAUGUGCUUUCAUUCUCUACCUGGAGUACAUAUUACAAAUAAUUCUUGAGGAAAGUUAUUUUUUGUCCUUCCUGAAAAUCUUUUAUAGUUUGGAAAACAUUUUUCAUACAAGUUAUACUGUAUAAAAAUGUAAUCACAGAACUUAAUGUUUGUUUUACCAGAGCAAUUUUAAUCUUGUAUUUAGUUAAGUGUGUUUUUUUUUUAAAGUUACUUUUCCCCUCUUCUGAUUUUCUUAUUGUAAAGCUGAAUUAAAAAAAAACACUUAGAACCUGUUUGAAGACUGUUGUAACACUCAGAUGGUGAGUUUUGGCAUGAGAUGUACUGAAAACUCAGGUUUGAGCAAAGCUUAUGCUGGAAGGGAAGUUCUGCUGUCACCGGAAGCCAUUGCACCUGUAGCUUGAAGUUCCUAGAGUGAUUUACUUCUUAUCAUAAAAGGAUAGAAAUGAUUAUACAGGAAGGAUACUCUAGCUGGAGGGUCACUUUAAAAAACAAAAGCCUCCUGAAGCAGGACGUCUUCUGACAGGAUGAAGCACACUGGAGUGCCUCCUCCCCAGUUCAUAACCAUGUUAGAUGUAGGUGUCUCACUUUUAGAGACGGUACAGGCAUUCUUAAAGGUACUUAACUUUUAACUUCCUACUGAAAUAAAUGUAGGCAAGUGCCAUCCUUGUUAUUUAUUCAUGUUUCAAUAAAUCAAUCCCUUAAUAUUUUGUAUUUUAUCUUGAACUUUCUUAAUGUUUAGUAAAUGCUGUAUGUCGGAUGCUUUGGCUGCUGGCUACAUUUUGAAGACAUGGUCUCAAUCUUAAAGUUGUAAUAUAGAACAUCAUCGCUUUUAUAAACAUUCAUCUGCAAUUCAUAACUGGGCCUCAGCUGCUAGGGGUAUCUCAAACUCACCGUAGUUCAGACAGUUUUCUAGUUAGCUGGUAUUCCAUCUUAAAGGUAAGGACAAAUGAUUAAUUUUUAUAGCUUGCCCAAAUACAAAGAUACACAGCUUUAACUUAGAGAAAGUGACAUAAGCAAUUCAUUGGUGCUCAGAAGUAGGACCUGCUGUUCUAGCUGGUGCUCUCCUCAGGAGGGCUGGCAGUCAGAACAGUUCUGCAUAGCACUGGAAACAUCUUGACCCAGCUCAAAAUUGCACUUCUGAAGCAAAUGUCCAGCUGGUUUCCUGCAGUGAAUCAAACUUCCUUCAAAAAAGCAUAGGUGUGCUCUGGCUGAUAGCAGAUGGAAGACAUUCCGCCUACUUGUAGGUGCUCAGCUUGGGGAAACCAGAGCAGAGACAGGUAUUAGUGGGGGGGUGCUGAUGUUCUGGCAUCAGGGCCCUCUGUCUCUCCUCCUCUGGUCCCAUGGCAGCAGAGCAGGUGGUGGUGGAGACAGAGCUGCUGUCUUUGGCUCUCUAGUUACCACAGAGGAGCAGACUCCACCUAAGAGUCUUUGCUCUCCUGCCACUAAAUACACAAACGUAGCUUGCAAUAAGGAUUGCAGGAAGGUGUUAGCAAGUCAUGAACUGAAGGGCAUAAUGCCUGUAUUAGGUGUUUCCCUACUUACAACCACUGUCUUUGCUGGGGUAGGGGCAACAGUCAGCGUUUCUUUGUGUAAAAGUCCUCCUCCCACUCCCCCAGCAGGAUCAAAAGUUAAGACAGUUUAAAAGACAAUAAAAUGCAGAAGCAAGCAACAGCAGGACUGCAGUAUUUUAUUUUAUAUAUUUACAUAAGUGUGCAAAGUAAGUUUUUUGAGAAUGUAGUAGAGAGGAAAAAAAUAAAUUUCCCUGUCAGAGUAACCAUAGGUGAAACCUGAUCAUGCUGGAACUGGAACCCAGUAGCUCAAGAACAGCUGGCAGCAUUUCAGUAUCUUGGCUCCAAACAUGGGGCAGUGUACAGGUGAGCCUAACAGCAAGUCAGGGGUAGUAACAGCUGUCCAUGACUGCUCUUUCUGUAUAAGCAAAUCUGGACAGAAGCGUGCUAAGAACUGUAAUAGCAGAUAAACUCUCUCCCAAGAUAACCUGGGAGCUACAGAGUUUCUAUGUAGGUUAUGCACAUAAAGAAAGUUUAGGCCUUCAAGAAACACCAUGUAACAGCUAGAGCACUUCCCGAGUGGUAUUCCACAGCUUCUAAGGACCAAAAACUUUUGCCAAAUAGUUGUAGUUGAUCACUAAUGAGAAGAAACUUUAAAUCUUCUUCAGCUACUACAUUAUAGCUUUUUGUAUGUUUCCCUGUAGCGUUUCAAGUCUAGCAAUAAGUGGGGCAAAACUAAUGGGACAAGAAAUUCCAUGUUGAAGAAUAAAGCUAGGAUUCACCUUUUUAAACAAAAGCACAAAAAAACCCCAAGAAACAAAACCAACUACAACCCCCAACAGUCACCUUGUUAAAUUCAACUCCACAUUUGCUAUGAUCAGGAUAAAAGCAAGAUACUGAGGAGAACAGCAUAUUGCAAGUCUUCAGUGUUAACUGUGCAGAAUCUAACAGUUCUGGACAACAGUGUAGCGGUAACUGUUUAGAUUAAACAUUCCAAUUUGACAACAUUUAUUGUUCUACAGAAUUUAUGGUUUUGUAUUGUUUUAUAAAACUAUAGUAGAAGAACCAUAAUUUUCUUUUAGAGUAAGGUUUUUAUAAGAAGGCUUGAGGUUUUCAUAAAAACAAAACAGUGACUUAACAAGAUUCUUUAUGCCUAAUAUUUUGGUGUACUAUCAUCUCUAGCUCUAUAUACACUAGCAUUAGAUAACCUAAAAGACUUUUAAGCAGUUCUGUAGUUCAUUGUGAUUGGUCAAGAAAGAGUUUAGAUAAAAGCUUACUUGACCAUUGCAGCUGAUUAAGAAUUAUUUCAAGGGGUCAGAAGUUCUCUUUACAUUGUCAUGCCACUGUAACUGAUUUUUUUCUGCCUUGAAGGGAAGGGAAUGUACAAUACUGCAAAGUGGGCGCAGGUUGUAACCUUCUGUAAAGUACUGAAGACAAAGAGCUGUUGUGGUGUUCAAUUUACAAUAUUUCCUAAUAUUUUUAGAGUAUUUUCCUCGGCAUGAAACUGAGAUUCAUUCUUGUAAAACUAGUUUUCUUAAGCCAAAUUACUAGAAAUGGAAGAAUAAAUAGUGUAAAAUAUCAGUGAUUACUUUAAUUAAGGUAUUCUCCUCCCCCAUUUUAUAUAUUCUAACUAUACAAAGGAAAAAUGCUAAAGAACUUCUCAACAUUUUUAGAGAAUGUUAUCUAUAGAUACUGUUUCAGUAAUGUAUUACAUUUGAUUGCUUACACCUUUUUCAUAUAACAUUAAUUUCAUUCAGAUUCAACAAUUUAGAAGUUUUCUGAAACUGAAGUCCCUUAGCAAAGGGAGUGAGUGAGCAUCACUAUGUUUUGCAACUUGCCAAGAUCCUGUUUCACUACAUUUGAGUUAUCGAACCUAGAGUCAGGAUUUGUCACUCUGAGCUGUUGAGAAUUAGCUCUCUCUUGGGCCCUCUAGGAAAACAUCCUUUUCUCCACCAUUCCCAUUCUUUUCCCAGCUACCUGAGCAGACACAGCAGGAAGCCCAGCAGACACUAUUUGCUCAGAAAUCCAUCAAUAAAUCUUGUCUUCCAGAAAGCAGGGCAAUGAAGGGACAACUCAGUCCCCCUGUAAGAAGGGUCAGUUCAUGAGACUUGAAAGUCACUUGGCAAAAAUCACUAGCAAAACGCUUGGCUUCU